AUGAAUUUACAUCUCUCCAAUAACAAAAUUCAUAGAGAGAUUCCCAAAUGUUUCAAUAAUGUGGGGAAUGGUUCCUUGGAAACUUUAGAUCUUUCUCAUAACAAUUUGACAUCAGCAGAACAUCUGUCAAUGAGAAACUUCUAUUUUCUUGACCUUAGCUUCAAUAUGUUGCAAGGAGAUCUCCCUAUUCCAUCCUUCUCUAUUCAUUUCUUUUUAGUGCCCAAUAACAAACUAAGUGGACACAUUUCUUCCUCAUUUUGCAAUGCAAGCUCACUUGAAAUACUCAACUUGUCUCACAACAACUUGUCAGGUCACAUCCCAAAAUGCCUUGUUACUUUGCCAUAUCUUAAGACUUUAGACCUGCAGAUGAACAAAUUUGUUGGAACUAUACCAAGCAAUUUUUCUCAAGGAAAUUCUUUGCAAUCUUUGCAUUUAAGAAACAAUCAAUUUGAGGGACGGUUGCCUUUGUCUUUGACCCAUUGCAAGCAAUUGCAAAUUUUAGAUGUGGGAGCAAACAAGAUCAGGGGUGAAUUUCCUAAUUUUCUUGAAGCCUUAUCGGAGCUGCAGGUACUCAUUUUAAGAGAAAAUAAGUUCUACAGUGCCAUUUAUCGUUCCAACACCAAUCAUCCUUUUUCUGAAUUAAGAAUUUUUGAUGUUUCCAACAACCAUUUUAGUGGAUCUUUGCUUGCUACAUACUUCAAGGAAUUUAAAGGAAUGAUAAAUGUAGAUUAUGUUGCAUCUGGUUUGAAUUACAUGGAAAAUAAGGGAUUCUAUGAAUCAGUGAAGGUCACAUUGAAAGGUUAUGAGGUAGAGCUAGUAAGGAUCAUAACUACAUUCACAACCAUUGACUUAUCAAAUGACAUGUUUGAUGGAGAGAUCCCACAAGUUAUGGGAGAGCUUAAUUCACUAAAAGGGCUAGACCUCUCCCACAAUAAAAUCAUCGGUCCUAUUCCUCAAUCACUUGCAAAUGUAACAAAUCUAGAAUGCUUAAACAAGCUUACUGGUGAGAUUCCUCCUGAACUAGCAAAUCUCAACUUUCUUGAAGUUUUGAAUCUUUUAGAAAAUAAACUUGUGGGAGCAAUACCAAGAGGUAAGCAAUUUGAUACAUUUUCAUGUGAUUCCUAUGAGGGAAAUUUAGGACUGUGUGGAUCUCCAUCGUCAAAGGCAUGUAAUCAAGAUGAAGGGAAAUUGCCACAACCAUCUUCAUCAACAAAUGACAAACUGGGAUCUGGUUGGAAACCAGUAGCCUUAGGAUAUGGAUGUGGGAUGGUGUUUGGAAUGUUCAUGGGACGAGUUGCUUUUUCAAUUGGAAAACCUCUAUGGCUUAUCAGAAUUUUUGAAGGGAGGCCUAAGAAACAAGCAAAAAGGACAAGGAAAACAACUGUUCCAAAUCAUAGGAGAAUGACUUAG